AUGUUUGUGAAGAUCUUAAUGAAAUCAAGCCUACCCAAACAAUCGUUAAGUCAGGUAAAGUAUAAGACGUAUUUAGCUUGCUUACUUCGUUCUCUAUGAAUGCAAAUAAAUGACAGGAGAGACGUUCGUCUUAGCUUUUAAGUAAACCUAACGUAACAUCGUUGACCAUUUAUUUACGUUUUGCGUUUUGUGCCCUGGUAGUUGUACUUUUGAUAUAUUACAAUUAAAAAUCGCGACUUGUCUCACCCUGCUAAUUAAGAGCUUUUUCUUGCCCAGUUGGAUCAAAGAUCGUCAGAUGAGAGCAGAAUUUUUGUCUUCCUCGUUUGUUUAGGAUCUUUGUGUUGGUGUGUCGGUUUGGGUCACGCAGUACAACACGAGGUGUAAUUAAUUUACUAGCUCUUUAAACUUGGAUCUAAUAUCCAUGAAAUUUAUAUAAUCAGCCAUCUCGUAAUAUGAGCAUCUAGUCGAUCAGCUGUUUCUUAUAUAAUAAUUACAAUACAUCCUGCAUGGGAUCCUUGUAAAUUGAUAUUUUUUUAUUGCAAGUUGUUCUGUUCAUGCUAACUUUUGUAUUAGCUGAAGAGUGGGAUCCCAAGGGACGAGGCUAUUGUAUUUUACAUCCUUGGUCUUUUCAAACCCCGGAUAAAAUCAGUCAGUGAUGUACCUAUUCCAAGAGGAAAAAUCUAUUAUUCCAUAGAUCUUAGCAUAUCAUAAUUAUCUUUUGUAAGUCCAGCCCCAACUGGCAAAAAUAAUAAGUGUACCUUUACUGGUAAUAACAUUCUUUACUGAUUGAUUAAUUAAAUAACAUUCUAAUUUAAUUGAUUGAUUGAUUGAUUGAUUGAUCAACUGAUUGAUUGAUUGCUGGAUCUUUUGAAUUGCACUUCAAGUUACUGAAAUCUCACCUUUUACAUUUCAACUAAUUCCACUUUCCUCUAGCCUCUUCUGAACCUACAAAAAAGAAAAUGAAAUAAUUGUACUUUUCAUUGUUAUAAGUCCAUUGAGUCUUUUCUUCUUUUGGUUCAGAUUUGGGAAGCUGUUGAUCCAAGGCAAGAUGGAUAUGUAACAAGAGAUGGAUUAUACAAGGCACUGGCCUUAACUGCUUUAGCACAACAGGGCAAAAUGAUAUCAGAGAGAGUAUUAGAGCAAUUUGUAGAUUCAGGUAUGGUUAUUUGACAAUUUCCCAUGGUAGAGUUUUGAAAAAACAAUUCUUCAGUGUAAAAGAAAUAUCAGUCAUAACACAUUUGGUAAAAACCUUUUCCAAUAAUGACUCAAACUUUAAGGCCAAGUAGGGUUGAAGGCUGAACAAUUGAUCAUGAGUACCUUUGAAACUAACCAACUUUGAAACUUUCUACUUUAAUUGAUAUUUGUUUAUAAUGACUGUUAUUAAUGUAUCACAGAAUUGCCAAAGCCUUCUUUGGGGGACCUGUCAGAUCUGAAAAGUCUGAGUGUGCGUCAAAGGCGUGAAAACAACCCAAAUGUUUUGGGUUAUAACUAUGAUGAACUUGUGAGUUUGGACACAGUAGAUGUAGAGCUUGUACCAGAAAAGAAAGGAAUUCUUCUAAAGCAUAAUGAAUAUCAUGUUUCUAGCAAGGUGAGACCAAAUAAUUAAAAAAAUAUACAAUCAAGCCUGUAUUAAGGGGCACUGUAUUAGUUGGUCACCCUGUAUCAAGCAGUCGGUUGUCAAAGUCCCAAGUGUGUUUCCCCUUAAUCACUGUAAUUUCUCUUGUGUUUCCCCUUAACCCUUUCACUCCUAGAAGUGAUCAACAUAAAACUUCUCCCUACAAUAUCCAUACAUUCUUCAGCAAACAGGUAAUGAGGAUAUUCAAACUUAUCAGAUAGAAGCUGCUAUCUUGAUCUAGCACCAAGUUCUCAUAACUAAUUUACAAGGAAAUGUGUGGCAGGUACAGGGGAGAAUUGACAAUCAGAUCUUGGGAGUUAAAGGGUUAAUCACUGUAAUUUUCACCUCUUAUAAGUAGUCACCUCUAUUAAGCAGUGGCCAUCACCUCUGAGUGAGUUCCAAUAGCCUGUUUCUAUUCUCUUUUACUUGUAUUUAACAGUCACUUAAAGGCAGACUACUCAGGGAAAUAAAACUAAGAAUAAUCUUCAAGAUUAUUUUUGUCAGGGAAAAAUUUGAAAUAAGAAGCUUGCAAAUGUAACUUCUAGCAUUCUGGGCAUCAAAGAGAGUGCCUGCAGGCUGUGCAGAUGGUGAUGACUGGUCUUAAAAAAAGAGGUAGACCACCCGUCAACUGCUUUAAUUGACAUCUCUGAAAGCUGCAAUCAAGGGCUGUUUUGCCAAGUACCCAAAUAGAUUGACCAAUAGCUAAUAAAAUAAGUAAGAGGUGACAUGUUUUUGCUAGUUAUAUUAUCUGGUGUGUUUUCUUUCGUAAUGUUUAUGACAAGUCACGUAAUAAAUGAAGUUAGCUAAAUACUUUUUUCUCUGUUCAUCUUUUCAGAAACAUAACUGUACUGUAAAUCGUCGCUACAACGACUUUGUUGCCUUCCAUGACAUGUUACUAGCAAGGUUCCCAUACCGUCUCAUUCCGACACUUCCUCCAAAGAAGCUUAUGGGAGGUAUGUUUGAAUUAAGAAAUUAAAUGAUAAAAUUAUAUUUGGAGCAAUAAACUCUGAGUUAUGCUAGCUGGACCAUAGUAAAAGAUGUCUUGUCCAGACAUACAAUUUUUGGUAAAGCUUGGUAGUUUGCUUGGGGAGGGGGGGUGGAGAGGGAUAGGCAGAGGACCAACAGAGGACCAAGUUGUCCUUCUAAUAUACCACAUUCUUGGUCAGUCUAUCCGGCUCUUCAAUCAGAGGUCCUAAGUGGACAGAUGGUUUAAGCCCAUCAGACUCCUGCAUCAGAGAUCCAUGGUGGUCAUUUGUUCAGCUCUUUAAACACAACUUGGAAGUCACAAGUUUUUGAGAAGUUAAGAGUGGUCAGCCUGUAAGACCUACAAUUCAGAAGUCCAGAACAGUCAAGUGGUCAGUGUAUCACAAUCUGAGAGUCUGGAGUGCAGGCUACUAGAUGAAAUUUUUUUUCCUCCAGGGGUGAGUGGGGGGUGGAGGGGAGAGGGCAUAGGGUUGUCCUGAGUUAAAUUCCCUAAACUUUCAUUUGGCUGUCCGAAAACCAAACCCAAGGUUAACAGCAAGGCCAAUUAAAACAUAGGAAGAUAUAACUAGGAGCCAAUGUGAAAACGAGCCAACUGCUCAAAGAACAGGGCAGUGUGAGUGACCAAGGUUGUUUUAAUACAAGUUUUGCAUCCAAUUCACUGAGAAAGUGGCUUGAGUUUUCUUGACCAGUAACCUAGAAAAGUACAGCAAAAUCAAUUGAAUCCUUUAUUACUUUUGACACUUAAUUAAUAAUUCCUCUGAUAUUUAACUUUGGAUUAUUUUAUUAUUAGUGGCCAUUUAAGCUGGCUACCAGAAACCAUAUUUGUUCAUCUAUUUGCAGCCAGCAAAGAGUUCAUUGAGGCCAGGAAAAGAUCCUUAAAGCGUUUUCUGACUCUUGUUGUGAGGCAUCCCAUACUUUGUGAGGACAGGAUUGUGAACUUUUUCCUUACAGUCAAGGGCUCGGUGAGUUGUCCUGUUGAAUUCUAUUGGAAUGCACCUUUCCAGCAGAGCUCAGGAUUUGUGAUGGUGGCAUCCAUCUGUUUCUGUUGUUUCCCAUUAUGUUUAUGCUAUUGUUUACCAAACAAAGACUGUAUCAUACCAUGCAACCUCAUGAGCACUCAUGUUACAACUCUGUUACAUGAGAAUGCACUUGUUGUCAGCCGAUCAGAAGCGCACAAUUUUUUCCAUGCACAUUAUAAAGAUCGUGGUAUGUGUUGUUAAGGAUAUGUGUGCUAUUUCUCCCAGGACAUUGGUCAGAAGUUGAAGGAUCAGUAUAAAUCAAUGCCAGAUGAAUUCAUGACUAGUCCUCUUGCCUCCAAAGCAAAGGUAAUAAAUUGCAAGACAUGUAUAAAUUCUUUUUACUUUCUGCUCUACAUGCAAUAUAAUUUAACCCCCAACAAAUAAGUGGCAGAUCAAAUAUCUCUUGGUCGGGUGAUGUUUUGCUAUUUUCUCGUCACCUUUCUGGUUGAGAAUAUAUUGAUAUUGUUCAGGAGAAAAAACAUUUACUUGGUCACUGUUAGGAGUCAAAUACUGGUGUUUUUCCUUUUUUUUGUUUUUGUUUUUUAAUUUUGUUGCUCAAAUUUGAGUUACAAUUGUAUAAAGAGCUGAUUAUCCUUUUUCUUUAAAUAAAAUUUUACAAAAUCUAGGGAAAUUCCAUGCAAUAUUUUUCUAUAUUUUUUUGUGUUUGUCUCAUAGGAACUAGUCCCUAUGGAUACACAAGCCAGUUUUCAAACCAGCCGCCUGCAAAUUCAAGCCAUUCACAACAGUGUGGAAAAACUAAAGGAUGUUGCUGAUAGAAUGACAGCAAGAGCCUUAGGUUGUUCAUCUUUCCAUCGAUUUAUUCUUCAGUUUUUGGGAAUACAAUUUGAAAUCAAUGCUUCAACCAUGAGUUAUUCUACUAGCAAAAAAAAUAUAAUCUCAUAUCAUCUAUUGAAAUCAAAAGAAAAAUACAAUUUGUUCAUCAAGAAAUAUGAAAAAGCAGUUACUGCUGCCUAAGUUAAUUGGCAGCAAUGAAAAGACUCGCAGAAAUUCCUCUGAAGGGUAACAUAUUUCAAGGCAUACAUUAUUUGGUACAAGGUACUAGAGAUAGUUAACUAAAAGUAUAAGGGGAAGAAAGUAAACAGGCUCUGUUUACUCUGAUACAAAAGUAUGAAGGUAACAGCUAAUUAUUUUGAAUUAAUAUUGAUAUUAUUUUUUUAUUUUGUAAACAGGAUUUUCUUCUGACAUGCUUCAGUUUGCUAAGGAACUCACGUAAGUCCCUGUCUCUCAAGGGUGAAAACAUCUUUGUCUGCGAAUGAUGUUCAAGGAAGCAUUUCAUGAGAUGUGAAAUACUAGGGAGUACUCUCUGUAGGUUACACUUGAUACUCAUUCCUGCCCAGAAAGUUUGAGACUUCCUUUCAUUAUUGUCUCUGUUUGUAAUUGAUUCUAAAAAAAAAUUUUUGUGUUGAAAAAUAAUCAGCCAAAACAUUACCACAAUGUUAAUGCAUUAGUACUGUCUUGCACUGCAGAUAUUUAAAUCCUUGAAACUGUGGCUCUACCUUAAGCACUGCUACUCGCACAGAUGAUGUUUGUGCUCACUAUUUAGUAGAAAUUAUUUGUAGCUUCCGUUAACUGUGUUUAUUUCACAGAUUUGAAAACAGAUGUUUUCUAACCUAUGUUCUCUGAGAACUCUUUUUGAUACAAAUUGUACUUCUAUCAAAUUUCUAUUAAACAUGUCCAAAGUAGUCAGUUGUAUGUGAAUUAUCAGAUCAUUAGUACAUAUCUUUUGUCAUUAUCUACACAGAGCAUUAACCAAUGAGUCACACCCAACAACUGUAUGGGCAAGUGGUAGUAACAACACAUGGGGGAACCUUAAACACAGCUUUACUGGAAUCACUCCUUAUUAUACCAAACUUUCAGAGAGAGGUGCUGUUUGGGUUAGUACGAGCUAAAUUCAAUUAUUUCUGGUUAAAAAGAUUUCAACUUUCUUGAUUUUAGUCCCCAUAUGUUUAUGGAUUAUGAUAACAUUACCUAGAACAAAAGAGAAAAAAAUUAGAACUACCAGAAGUACUAGUAAUUCAGCAGCUACACUUGCAUUUUAGACAACUACUGAAAAGUGCCUCAUCUGCGUAUUGGAAGGAUGGUUAAAGAUGAAGGCCUUGGUCAUGUUUUAUGUACAUUAAAAAAGGUCAUUUUACUUUUCACACUGCUUAAGUCACCCAUUUCACAAAAACAAAAGUUUUCUGCUUUCUGCUAAAUUAUGAGGAAUAGAGUUAUUUUUUUUGUCUUUGGUGGCCAUACACCUUUUUUUUUUGUCCUGACACUCUUGUAAGAUAAUGUCAGUGGUGCUGUGAGGCAAGACUUUACCACCACAAAGCAGUCAACUGACCAUGGUUAACAUUAUAAAUUACCUAUUAAAUUGAGUAGAGGGCAAGGGCACAAGAAGGCAACAAUUAACUAAGACUGAACUUUUUUCUCCUACUUAAUUUUGCCUUGUUCCUAGUUUAAAAGAGAGGAUACUGGUGCUGCUGAGUACUUGGCUCUCUUCUUGGAUUUAACCUCAAGUUAUCGGGUAAGUUUGAAUAACCCAACUUUUUUAUGAACCCUUUCAACCUUAAGAGUACUAAGAUCUAAUUUCUCCUUGCAAUAACUCCCCUGAAUCAAACAUUAAGGUCAUGAGAAUAAAGGAGAUGAUCACCAACUAAAGAAGCUUUUGAUUGUUGAACAAAUUCUCCUUGUCAGAACCCUUGGAAAUGUCUAAAGUGUGGUAUGGAGAAUAUGCAAACUGAUGUUAGGGAGUAAAAGUUAAGGGUUUAACUGUUUACCCCAUUCACUUCCUCCUUUCUGUCUUACAUACUUUUCAUAUGAUUGUAGCUCUGAGAAUUUUGUGUCCAAUCAAUUUUUAUCACAAAGUUGAUCUUUUUCUGUCUUCUUUUCACCUCUUGCUUGACAAUGUGUGAAUGGUGCUGGGAGAAAUUAUUCAUAGGUUGCUCCUAGGAGUGAAAGGUGUAAGGGAAGUUUUGCAAUGCAAUUAGGCCCAAAAUAGGAAGUCAUUCCCUGGAAAAUGGCAAGUGGAUGCUUGAAGAAACUAUAUCAUUGUCACUUUUGUACAAUAAAAAAUUGCCUCCAUAUAGAAGAAAACAGACGUCUAUGAGAUAAGAAGUGCUGGUUUAUUAUAGGUGUUAGUUUGUUGCUAAGGUUUGGAAAUGAUGGUUUUCUUUUGCUGAGGCUGUGCCCCUCUGCACAGGCAUUCAGUAGAUUUUUUUUUGCUAAUGGAAAGUGUCCAUAAGGAGAGUUUCAAGGGUUGGAAGCUUUGAAAUAACCCAUGGUGCAGAUCAAAAAUUGAGAACCAGUGCAUGAAAGAGAGUGACUCCUAUUGAUAGCAUUUUUUUUUAUGCCAGGAACUUUGUGAAAGGCAUGAAAAGGGAGUUUUAAAAGAUCACCAACACUCGCUCCAGAAAAUGCAGCAGAUCAAAAAACGUCAGAUUGCUGCUCAGGCAAAGGGCCAGGAUCAUGCUGUUGAUCAGCUGGAAUCCAAAAUUGUUGAACAGGAGACGGACAUCAGUAACAUGGAAAACAGGAACUAUUUCUCACUGCACUGUCUCCAGCUAGAAACCCAGUUGGUACAUGCUAACAUGACAUUAUUGGCAAUAGUGUUACAAAAGAUGGUCACAUCACAGAUUGCAGGACACAAGGAGGUGAGAUGCAAGCUAGACAAUAAGUUCCCCGACACAGUAGGCAACAAGUUGUCAUGAUCCAUGACAACGCAUGUCGCAGCAGCUACAGUCAGUGUCAAAAUUAGUUGACACUUCAAAUCAAAGAUUCCUAUUUACGUGUAGAAUAACAAUCCUCUCUCUACCACACUCUAAAUCAUUGACAAGACCCCUCUUCCCACCCUUUCCCCCAUUCAAUGAAGGGGGAAGGGGGCAAAUGGGUCACAGGAGGUGGAAAGUAAAUUCCUACUUAGGUCAUUUGAGGCUAUUCCUUCCUCUUGAAGACUUCAUGGAUGGACAUCAGCAAUUCUCCCUUUUUAAACACCAUUUACAUGUGAACUUUACAGAUGAUAGUGUGGUUGACAGUUUUGCUGUUAUUAAUCUCUUUAACAGGUAUUUGAAGUCUGGAAUGAACUUGAUCCACUCGUGGCUGCAUUACUUCCCAGCACCUCUCCUGGCUCGUCACCCCCUGGUUCACCGCCAUUAAAGUAAUUUCAGCUGUCUACAUGAUCAAUGUAGAAGUAUAUUGCUCUUUCAUAGAUUUAAGUAUUUUUAAUUACUUAGUGGUAAGGUGUCAUGAGAUGAAAUUGGUCCACACCAGAUGACCUGUGUAGUCAAAUAACAGUGAUAUCAACCACCCUGCAAAUUGUUGUGAAGUGUUGAUGUGCUGUUAUCAAGAUGUUGAAUUACAUCUCUCCUAGUAAUGUUCACUUUUAAGGUUAGACUUUGGUUUUAAAUCCAGUCACUGAAAUGGUCGCCUAACCCAUAAAUUCAGAGAAGAAUAAAAGAACAUUUUUUAAGGAAAAACUUCUUUUUUGGGAUUUGUUUGUUAUUUUGAUGGACAAAUUAUAGCUGCAGUAUACCAAAUAUUGUCAGGUAUUUCCCUCUAAGUAUUGGAUAAAUAUCCAAAGGUAUGUAGUGGAGGUGUUCUUCCUAGUUAGAAAAUUGAAUGAUUUGUUUUUAUAACUGUUAGCAAUUUUCUUAAUGCUUGUCUUACUUUGCUAAAUGGCCAGGAAAUGUUUAUUUUCUAUUGAUUGGAGCAGAAUAAAAGGCAAAACCAAUGGAUAAUUAUUUUGUAAAAAAAGAUUAUAGUUACUGUAGUACAAAUUUUAUAAGGAGCAACUGAACACAUAAUCAAUCAAAUAUUGUACACUUUCACAUCACAUGCACUGAAACAUAAUAUUCAAGGACAGGGAGCUUUGACCGUGAGAACUCUUUCUUCAGGCUAAACAUAAAUAUAACAACUUUCUCGCAGUUGUUGCUCAACUGGACAUCUCUUUAAAGAAUUUUGCAGGUAAUUAUAAACCACCCAGUACUAUCUAAGUUUUCUUCAAUGAUAUUGAUGCUAGAUUUGGACUCAAGUUAUGAAUAACUUCAGGCUCUCACCUUGUACAUCAGUAAGGCAGAAGAAACAAGUGGAUUUCAAGCAUCCUUAAAUUUGACCCAAAGAAACCUCAGAAAAAUAGCAGACUUGAUUUCCCAAGAGGUCUUUGGUACAACUAAUAAGGGUACAAUACUUAUUAUAAUGUUUGUUUGACUCACUGUUCUUGUAUGCAUCUCAGAAGCAUAAAGUUUAUCAAAGAUUGCUGAUAGUGUACCAUUAAUUCUUUGUAAAUCUGGCUAACAGAAGAAGGUAUAAUUGUAGUGACUUUGCUAUCUUUGGAUAACUUGAAUUGCACUUCAACCCUGUAACUCCCAAGAUCUAAUCAGUAGUUUUGUCUUCUGAUUGCCUUGCAUUCUCUGGUAAAUUAGGCAGGAAAUUUUGGUUUUAUAUGAAGGAAGCACUUUCAUAUCGAUAAGUUUGUCUGUUCACAUAACCUGUAAAAUGACAUACAGCAUUGGAAGCACAAGGGAAAGCUACAUGUCAAUCUCAUGGGAGUUAGAGGGUUUUGUGGUAUUAAGACUUAAUUGUCAGCUUUUCCGCUAAGGAUUUCCAAGUUUCUAACAAGGGACCACCUAAAUUUACAACUUUAGAAUCAGUUGUCUUUGAUAAUGAUCAGUAUACUGAACCUACAUUGGUAGAAAAGAGAAGUUAUUAUUAACUCAACGAAUCAGUAGUCUAAGAGUUUUGAAAAAGGACUAAUCAAUUAGAUGGAUUAAA